GAGAUGAAGAUUUAAGGAAAUUUAAAAUUUAUAUAUACAUAUCUAUACGAGAUUAAAUGGAGUAACAUAUACUUGGAACCACUGACUUACUACACGAUGAAGCUAUCGAGUGGUAUAAACACAAUUACUUCAUAUAUGCAUUCUGAAGGCUGCACUGCAUCAACGGGCCAUAGAACUGUGUGUUUUGUGAAUAAUCGGUCAAUUGAGAAAUUACUCAGUUUUUGCAUGCAUGUCUAUAUAUUUUUAUGGUUUGGUCAGAAGUUCGGAUGCUCUGCUCAGAAGAGAUGCUGGUCCAAACCGCGCGCUGCCACGACAAUCUGAAGCUUCAUGGCUUUGCUUUAUCGCUCGUUUGUCGUCUCUCAUGAUCGUAUUUUAUGGCUAAUGUCGCAAACUUUUUUUUUUCAAUUAAAUAUUUACUUUAUUAAUAAACCCGAAACGGGGAUUCAAGUUUCGGUUCAAACAAAAUGAAAUGUCACAAACUUUUACUUUAGUUGUUUCCUAGUUUUCAAAUUCUCUUUAUUGAGCUUGUAAAUAACUUCUUUUGUGUCGAAUAGAUAUUACAAUGAACCAAAAACAUAAUAAAAAGUUUGGAUCCACCAAGUGUAUUUUAGGCUAGAAACUACUUCGUGAAACCUUUCAAAAUUAUGCGUCUCUAUUUAAGUUCAAUCAUAUAAAGAACAUUAGGUUUUCCUUCGGCCAAUACUUUUCAUUAUUAUGUUAAUUGAAAUAUCUUAUAUAACUGCAGUAACAGUUGAAUUAUUGAAAUACAAAUUUUGAUUAUAUAUUUUGAACUACCCGAACAAAUAACAUAACCAUCAGUAGGUAAAUAAUUUUCUUAUAAGAAAAAUCCGUAAUACAGUUAUGCAGUACUACACGAUAUUUCAAAGUUUCUAGAAGAAAAUAGUAGAAAAGGGAAAGCUACACGUUUGGCACUAUUAAUAUAGUAAUUUCUUAUAAGAAUUGGUUUUGAAACUUUUGAUAAGUAAUGGGAAAAUAUGAAACCUAUUAAGAAAAAAAAGUUAGAUAAUACUACGACAUUGACCUAGUAGUUAGAGCCUAAACAUCACUUGCCAAGAAUUAGUACCCAAAUUGAAGUCAUAGUGUUAUUCUGAUAAUAUAUUCAAUUUUCUUUUUAGAUUCAAAUAUUUAAUUAGCGUGUAUAUUGUAUUUAUCGGAAUUAUGCAUGGAACAUCAUAGGGAAUUGAAUGUGAGUUAGCAUUUCAAUGUGAGACCGUCCUCAACUUUUUUGACUCGGAUAAGAACGCAAUUCUCGCUCUCUGAGAAAUAUAUUUUCCUAUAAAAUACUGAAAACAUAUAGCAGACAUGUUCAUCUGAUUAUACUAACCGAGAUGAUUUUUAGAGCUGUACAAUUUGAUAUAACUCCAGUGGUGCCUGUAUAAAGAUAGAUGUGGAUUUGUUGAUGGUUUAGGAUACGAUCAUUUUGCUGUGUCAUGAAUUUUAGAGAUUUCUUGAUGGUGUCUAAAUAUAUAUAGUCAUGUCCAAUUUUUUUUUUGCGAUAGUUAAUAAAAAUUAUGAAUCGAAUUCGGUUUGCAUUUGUACAAUCAUAAAUUUCACCACAAAUACAUAUAUGUAUUUUCAUAUUUAAAGUUAGGAAACCACUUUCUUAAACUUAGUAUCUCGACUAUUAUUUGGUAGUUGGUUCUCACUACUAUAAUGGAGUAGAAGUUUUUGUUCGAAAAGUUGCCACACAUCAGUUACUUAAAUCAAGAUUGCUGUCCAUUAAGGGCAGAGCCGGGCUUGAGCAUACACCCACGAAACAUUUGAAUGGGGCCCCCAUUUUUGUGGGGCCCCCAUUUUACAAAAAAAAAUUAUUUAUACAUAUAUAUUCAUAUAUAUUUAUAUAUAAAUGUAAAUAUUGAAUUAAAAAUAAACAAAAAUACAUUUAUAUUAUGCAUAAAUUUAACUGAAAGUAACAGGUCUUUUCUUAUUAUAAUUUAAAAAUGAAUAAUUCUUUUUGAUAAACAAUACAAUACAUAAUUCAAACUAAGUUUUGCUGAAAUAAAAAUUAAUGAAAAUAUUAUUAAUUUUUUUUAAAAAAAAUUUAAAUAGGGCCCCCAAAACUUCAGGACCGGCUCUGAUUAAGGGCUAAACAACUUCCAUAGGUGUGAUUGCACUAACACAACAGGAUUGACUGGUUGCUCUCUCAAUAAUAGUUUUAAUAAUAGUAACACAAAUAAACUUAAUUUAGAAAUCAAAGUUGCUUUUUAAGGUUCCCAAAACUUGGAACCCGGACUUGUGUUUAAAAACAAAACACUAUGCAAACUAGUGAAUGUUCAUAAUAAAGGCACGCAUAUACAGCUGAAAAUAUUGUAUAAGAUAAAGUAUGAAAUAUUUGGAAAUAUAUGAGUUUUGUAUAGAAGAGUUUUGAAAAUUCUAAUCGGCGACAAGCAGACAGAUAUAUCUAAACCUUUUUGUGCAGAACUCAUAACUUUUGUUUGCCAUCCAGAUCCAGUAAUUGGGUGCAUGCCUACUUUUAGAUCGUGAAAAUCUGUUUCUAAGAAAUCAAGGGUAGCUAAUUUGUCUGCACAAACGAAAUAAAAAAGUAUAGCUAAUUUAAUUAUGCUUAUGAUGUUAUGAUGUCUAUUAAGAAACUUGAUGUAAGUUAACUGGCCGGAUGAUUCCAAAUAACAUAAGCCAUGUGAACUUUGACUUUGACACCGAAUUAACCUGUUUUGAAAAAAAUAUAAAAACAAAAUGCAAAUUUAUAUGCAAGAGAGACAAAUAUAUUUGUAAGUACUGUUAUGUUGUUUAGUGAAGAGUUACUUUGUUUCUAAAAACAAUGUUUGGUUUUAUUCACAUUGUCAUUUUAUUCCUUGGACCAUUUUCUUACUUGCUUCGCAUCCCGUGCAUGUCUCCUCUAAAUCACCACCAUUGAUACAUUUGUAUAUACCCAUGAAUAUAAAUAAACGGCAGUUAAAAAGAAAAAUAAAACAAAAUGAGAUUUAGUUCGAGUUUUCCUUUUCUGUUUUAAAUUAUUUUUGCUUGUUAAAUCCCUUUUGUAUUUGGCUUCAAGUGUCAUUAGGAAUCAAAAAAAAAAUUCUGUUAAAACUACUAAACAUGCAAAAUUGUUGUUAAACGAAAAUAAAUAUUUGCUUUUAAUGUUAAACAUAUAUUCUUUGACACCGGAUUAAACUUAAGGAAGGAUUAUCCAUUUUUGUACCGAGGGAUGACUAUUUUUCUACAUAUUACAUUUUGUAGAAUUUUAAUGAAUUGCAAACCGUUAUAUAUAUUUUGAAUGUUAUAUUUUCUUGUAUAUAUAAGAAUAAGAUUUUGAAUUUCCUCCCCUCUGCAGUUGCCGACCAAGCUCCCUCAAGUGUCACAUCUUUGUGUAAAACAAAAUACAAAACUACCGUUAAAUAACUUGUGAGAUUGAAGUGUCAUUUCUUUUGUGGAAAACAAAAUAAAAACUUACUGUUUAAUAACUAGGAAGUCAAUCUGUUCACACAGUGUCGUGUUAUGAUUAUUCCUUAUCAUAUUCAUGUCAUCAUUAUUCAUUGUCAUGAUGUUAAUAUUUGCGGGUAUUGGUCAAUAAUAACGAUCGAUCAUAUAGAAAUUUACGAUAUGGUUUAUUUUUUUACCUUCGAAUCUGCAACAACCUCUGACCAAAGACAACGACUAAACCAUCCUCUAUAUUUUGUGCAAUAUGAUCUCAAAUCCAAAGACCACUUCGCAUUUGCACCCCUAAUCUAGAAUGAAAUAUAUUUGAGUUUAUUUCAAUCGUUAGAACGUCCCAUACAAAAAAAAAAAAUUAUGCAACAUGAACAUCUAUACGUGUAUAUACAUGGUAACAUCAUGGGACGGAGGCCAAGAUAGGUUAGGACAAGGAUAAAGAAGAAAUCUGCAAAGAUCAGUCUCUCCCAAAUCCCAAGAAAAAACAAUGCAUUAAGCAUGCAUUUCGUAAUAAACAACUCAUCAUAAAACGACACAUAACUCGAAAACCUCUCCCCCGACAAUUUAUCAAUUUAUUUAUCUUUUAACUUGAACACCAUUACUAGAUCUCCGCAUUUAUAUACGAGUAUACAAGUAACAAGCCCUAAAACGUAAACACUUGAUUAAGGAUUAUAACUGAAAAUGUCUUUCCCCCUGAAAGUUCGUAGCGUACGUGGCAACAAUGGAGGAGGAGGAGGAGGGACGGGGACAAAGUGCGGGAGGUGGAACCCAACGGUGGAGCAGUUGAAAGUAUUGUCUGACUUGUUCAGAGCCGGUCUUAGAACUCCGACCACAGACCAAAUUCAGAAGAUCUCUACAGAGCUCAGUUUCUACGGCAAGAUCGAGAGUAAGAAUGUUUUCUAUUGGUUCCAAAACCAUAAGGCUAGAGAGAGGCAAAAACGCCGUAAAAUCUCCACUGAUUUUGAUCAUCAUCAUCAAGAAAAUGACUAUAUCUCUCAUCAUCAUCAUCGUCAACCAUCAACUAGAGAUGUUUUGGAAAUAAACGAAGACGAGGAGGAGAGGGUAAUAGAGACGUUACAACUCUUUCCGGUGAAUUCAUUCCAAGAAUCCAAAGUGGAAAAAAUGAGAAGCAGAGUCAAUAACCAGUACCGUGAAUACAUACGAGAGACCAACACGACCACGUUUCUUUCCUACUCAUCAUGUGGAGCUGAGAUGGAACAUCCAUCGCCGUUGGAACUUCGAUUAAGCUUUCUUUAAAUUCGUGAUCACCUAAAUAAUGUCGUGGAAGUCCGAUAAAAUUCUAAAAGAAGUCAUGUUAGGAGAUCUUAUGUAUUUUGAAUUAUGACUCAGAAUAUCCAAUGUAUCAAUUAUGACAACAA